CACUCCCCCACCCCUCGGAGGAGGAUAAAUCUCCUGCACAAGCCGACAGUGGUACUCCGCCACCAUGUCGCUCCAACUGCUACUCUACCCAUUGGAUAAACUCCUCUUCUACGCUGUGAAUGGAAUUACUGAGCUCGUGUACCGUUUCGGUCUGGGUGGGAUGGCCCAGUUCCAUCUGCCUCUGUUACAUGUGGCGUUCUUCGCCGUGUGCUUCAUCCGACCGGAACUUCGUGAUUAUAACGUGCGCCGAGAACACAUCGAAACGGACUAUAGACACUUACGUGCGUCCUACGAUUACGUCAUCGUCGGAGGCGGUAUAUCGGGCUGUCUAGCGGCCAACCGUCUCUCGCGACACCACACCGUCCUCCUGGUGCAUGGACCAGGAGCGCUGCCAAACAUCGCCACGAGAGUCCCGCUUUUGAACUCAUUGAAUCAGGGCGAAGCUUCUCACGACUUCGAAUACAAGGCCGAACCUUCGUCGAUUCCGCUGCAGUGGCUCUCGGGAGGCAUAACCUACAAUAGCGGUAAAACUCUCGGCGGUUCAUCGAUUCUGGGCGCACUCAUUUAUUCCUUGGGAAGGAAAGCCGAUUUCGCCGAGUGGGCGAGCACGUUCGGCAUCCAGGGCUUCGACCACGACACCUUAACCCAUUACGUCAAACGCCACACUCGGGGUCAGGGCGACACGCGAGGUUUGCCGCUCUACGGAGACAGAGGGGAGUUCCUGGUCGACUACUCAGAAACCCCCAAGUACUACACGAAAUACAAGCACGCUUUUCUCAAGGCAGCGACGUACGUGACCGGAACUCGCGUCGUCAGAGACCACAACGAAGAGUGGCUGGGCUUCGGCUCGGCGCUCCAGCUCGUGGAAAAGCACUCGGGAUACCUCAGCUCACCUGUGCGCGCACUGAUCGAGGGCAUUUCAAAAGAUCAAGAGCGACGAGGCAGACUCCACAUCAUUCUCGAGUCCAUGGUGGAGAGAAUCGGAAUCGUACGCAAAUUCGACGGAGGUCUCGCGGCCAGAGGUGUCAUCGUGAAGAUGAACGACGGCCAACGGAAAUAUUUUUUCGCGCGGAAGAAAGUUGUGCUCGCGGCGGGUGCUGUCCGAACACCUCAGAUUCUCAUGCUCAGCGGCAUUGGACCGAUGGAUGAACUGAACAAAUGGCAGAUUCCGGUCGUGCUCAACCGCGAGGGGGUCGGACGCAAUCUGCACGAUCAUUACGACCUGGGAACGUCGUCGGUCAUGUUCCCGAGGGGAAAAGGCUACGCGGACGUCGCGCCCACGGAACUCUUGCAGUUCUUCUUGUCUUCUACGGGGGCGAUUCGCAACAGCUACGGAGUCAACUCGCUAGGCUUCUUCAAGAGCAGGAACAUUUCAUACAGUACUUGUCUCAGCCAGGAAACGUGCCAACCAGAUUUUGAGAUUUUCCUGCACACGGUCAGUGUCAAUCAUCCGAUCGGCGGAGCAACGCUACGUGCGGCUGGAAUCGGAACACCGGAUCUUGAGAAGUAUUACUACAGACAGGGUGGAGGUAACACCGUCGUCCAGAAAGACGGAAUCCUCAUGACGCCGACGCUCCUGCAUCCGGUGACGCGGGGUCGCAUCAAGCUGCGCGACCUCAUGAUCGAGUCUAAUCCGAGGAUUUUCCUCGACGUUCUGGACAACGAACGUGACGUCCAGAUGGCCGCUGAGCUCUACCUGACCGUUAGGAAGAUCGGUCUCACCGCGUUCGGUCCAUUCGGCGGCCAAUGGAUGGACGUGCGACAAGAGGGCUGCACGGGCCCCGACGAUUCGUUCGAGUACGCCCGGUGUGCGGUCAAGAGAUUCUUGAAAACCGCGUGGCAUCUCGCCGGUACAGCGCGCCUGGGUCACCCGAGCGACCCCCUGGCUGUUGUGGACUCGAACUUCAACCUGAUCGGCGUGGAGAAUCUCUCAGUCAUCGACGCAUCGAUCAUGCCAGCUCCCGUGAGCGGGCACAUGCUGGCCACGAUCGCCGCCUAUGUCGAGAAAUUCUGCGACAUGGCGAAUAGAGGUAUUAUUUAGUCUAGGGAUCUCUAGGUUUCGGGGCUCUGAGAAUCCCAAACAAAGGCGUCUCACGACCGAAGCUCAUCUGAACUGCCAUGAUCAAGUAGUUAUCGAAUUCAUGUAAUUUAUUAUUCAAAAUCAAUCAUCGAUCAUCUGUACAUUGUUCGAAUAAAGGAGCGCUCCCAUA